AGUAGUGUUUCCAGAUCAGCUGGGGGUGACCCGGUAUCGGUGUGUGUGUGUGUGUCCUCGGAAGGUGUGUGUGAUGGCUCCGUUACUCCGCGCGCUUCACUCGGGGCUCCGCUCCGUGUGUCUUGCACGCGCCGUGUCGAACAGCGCGCGCUCCCGGGGCGUCGCCGUUACAGAGCUGCCGCAGCGCGCGGCGGAUAAACAUGAGCACGAAGAGGUCAACGUCUUCGACCAGAACCCAGACUACCAUGGCUUCUCCUCAGAUCCACAUGUGGACGAGUGGAACAUGAGGCUGGCCUUCUUCUUUGGUGUUUCUUUGGUUAUCGUUGUCGGAGGAACUUUCAUCCACUAUUUACCAGACCAUGGUAUGAGGCAAUGGGCUCGCCGGGAGGCCGAGAGGCUGAUUAAAGAGAGGGAAGCUGCUGGUCUGCCACUGCUUGACGAGAAUUACUACGACCCAAGCAAGAUCAUCCUGCCCUCGUCCUCAGACGAAUAGACAAAUAGCUUUGCCACUUACCUAUCCUGUUCAUUUGUGUUUGACUGUACAUUAAAUUCUGCUAACCUAUCUCAAUAAAAAUAAUAUCAAAUUUCA